AUGAGCAAAAGGCUAAAGAAACUUACUAUCAAAAAUACAAUCAACACAGGAAGGAAAAAAUCUGAAAAGGGUAAAAUAGAGGGUCAAGAGCUCCAGUUCUUCCUAUCAACAUCUGAUAAUCGCCUGCAAAGAGUAAAAUCUGGUGCGAGGCUGUUCAGCAUAAUCCAUAAAAAGGAAGAGAACCAAAAACCAAUUGAAUUAAUAGAGCAUGUGAUUCAUAAGCAAUCAACUCAGAAUAAAUAAGCUUUCUCCUGAAGAAAAGAAGGAUAUUGACAUGUGUCUCACAGAAGUGCUGAAUGGCAACGUUGACAUGGCAAAGUACCUUGGCCAUACAAAGUUUGACCCAUGACAAGAGAUCAUCAAAGAAAAGAAUAUAGAGGAGUUCUUCAAACAGAAAUACAAUAUCUUAAUGAUGUAUAUCGAAGAUGAACAGAAGAAGAGAAAGCCAAAGGGUCCAAAGGGUCCAAAGAAGGCACGCAAAACCUAUAGCCAAGAGAUAUUCGAUCUUUCUGCUGUGCCAGAUUUGAAAUAAUAUGACUACCUCAAAGAGCAAAUUCUCUGGCUUCACCUCUGCCCAAGAUAAAGUCCAGGCCAUCGAGGAAGAAGUCUCCAGGGAGCUUGAUCAAGAAUGGGAAGAAAAGUAUAAGGAGAAAAUUGAGCAAGAACAAGUUGAGGAAAAUAUACAAAAGUUCUGUCAGAAACUCUUAACUCAGAAAAAAUAAAGUACAAAGUUUUGUCGACCCAAGGUCUAGUAAAAUAAGAAAGAACUUCAAGGUGAUUAAUGAGCAUAUUGAGAACCUCAAGAAAAUUGACCCAAACACAAAUUUCCUCAACAAGAAACCUCAGAAUAAACGUAGAGAUAAGUUUGCGAAAACUAAUAUUGAAGUACUUGCUGAUAUCCUAACCUCUUCAAAUCAAGUGGCUUUGCCAUUAGGUAAAAAGAAUUCUUUGCACGAUCCCAAGCCGAAAAGAAUGCUCACAAGGGCUGCCUCAAUGGGGGAUAGCAGAGAGUUGUUCAUCCCAAAUGAGAAUGACUUAAUCGAAGAGUAUGAGUUAGAAGCGCUACAGAACAGAGUUCUCUCUCAAAAUAUCAAACAGGGCUUAAAGAAAGCAAGUCCUUCAAAGAGAUUUCAUAAAAGCAAUUCUCAGAACAAUAUCAAAAUAUUCCAAGAUUUUAAAAGUUUCAUGAGACCUUCAACUUCUCAGAUGAAAAGAGACAAAAAAAAGCUGGUUAAUGACACUGGAGAGAGGAUUGGCGAGCCCAAGUUCCUCAGUGAGUACCAAAAUUUAGCCGAAAAGGAUGUUAAAACUUACAGAGAUCUCAAGACUGUAAAGCAUCAGAUGCCACUAGAAAUUAACUAUAAAUACAAAGUUGAUGACUUCUAUAAGCAGAAGAAGGAUCUGCCUCCAACUGCAGCUACAAAAAGAAGAGAAAUUAUAAACAAACAUAGAGCAGCUAAAACAUCUCAAGGGAAGAGGAUCAAGAAUAUUAGAGAGAUUUCAGCUGCAUUAACUUCUCAAAGGAAAGCAGACUGGGAGCAACUGAGAUCUUCAAGUGCUAAGAGAAUGGUUGAGAGUAUUCCUAGCAAGAGACCUACCACUCAAGGCUCUAACUUCCCUUCAAAUUUUGCUAUCGGAAAUACUCUUGGUUUAUUUUCAAAUGCUCCCCGAAGAAAAUUAGGAGAUAUUCCAGGAAUUGACAUUGAAGAAUCUUCAAGCGAGUUUAUGUCAAGUAAUGCUACUAAAGAUCCAACAGAGAUGGUACUUCAUAUGAAGGGACCAAUUUAUUCAACAGCAAAAAGGAAUGAUGAAUCUCCUGACUUGGCUCAAAAAAGUUGGAAAAACAAAGCCUACAUGGUAGAUACCAAAACCAAUCAAUUUUUCAGAUAUGCCAAGCAUAAUUACGAGUCUGUGUACACAAAGAAUAAUUUUUAAUUGAAAUAUUCAAUAAUA